GCAGGCUGCUGCUCUCUGCUAACAUGGUGCUGGGACUGUGGAUCACCCUGUGGCGACUGGUGAGGCUGCUGCUCUUGCUCUGUGUGCUGCCCUGGGCUGAGGGUGGCAAGGUGCUGGUGGUGCCCAUGGAUGGAAGCCCUUGGCUCAGCCUGCGGGAGGUUGUGCGGGAGCUCCACGCCCGAGGCCACCAAGUCCUGGUCCUAGGUCCCGAGGUGACCAUGCACAUCAAAGGAGAGGACUUUUUCACCCUGCAAACCUACGCCACCCCUUACAGCAAGGAAGAAUUUGACCAGCUGAUGCAGCACAACUAUCAAAUGAUCUUUAAACCACAACAUUCUCUGAAGACACUUUUGGAAACUAUGGAAAACUUCAAAAAAUUUUCGAUGCUGUGCAGUAGGUCUUGCUGGAAGCUACUGCACAACAAACCCUUGAUCAAGCACUUGAAUGAGAGUUCCUUCGAUGUGGUCUUAACUGACCCGCUUGACCUCUGUGGUGCACUGCUGGCUAAGUACCUGUCGGUUCCUUCUGUGUUUUUGCUGCGUUUUAUCCUAUGUGACCUUGACUUUGAGGGCACACAGUGCCCGAACCCUUCCUCAUAUAUUCCUAGGAUGCUAACAAUGAAUUCAGACCACAUGAGCUUCCUGCAAAGGGUCAAGAACAUGCUCUACCCUCUGAUGAUGAAGUACACUUGCCACAUUUCUUAUGAUCCGUAUGCGAGCCUGGCGUCUGAGCUUUUUCAGAGAGAGGUGUCGUUGGUGGAUAUUCUCAGCCAUGCGUCCGUGUGGCUGUUCCGAGAAGACUUUGUGCUGGACUACCCCAGGCCCAUCAUGCCCAACAUGGUGUUUAUUGGGGGCAUCAACUGUGCCAAUAGGAAGCCUCUAUCUCAGGAAUUUGAAGCCUACGUCAAUGCUUCCGGAGAACAUGGAAUUGUGGUUUUCUCCCUGGGGUCCAUGGUGUCUGAGAUUCCGGAGAAGAAAGCUAUGGAAAUUGCAGACGCUUUGGGCAAAAUACCUCAAACGGUCUUGUGGCGGUACACCGGAAGUCGGCCAUCGAAUCUUGCCAAGAACACGAUCCUUGUCAAGUGGCUACCCCAAAACGAUCUGCUCGGUCACCCGAAGACGCGUGCCUUCAUCACGCACUCCGGCUCCCACGGUAUUUAUGAAGGAAUAUGCAACGGUGUCCCCAUGGUGAUGCUGCCCUUGUUUGGCGACCAGAUGGACAACGCGAAGCGCAUAGAGACCCGUGGGGCUGGAGUGACCCUGAACGUCCUUGAAAUGACCUCUGAUGACCUAGCGAAUGCCCUAAAAACAGUCAUCAAUGACAAAAGUUACAAGGAAAACAUCAUGCGCCUCUCCAGCCUGCACAAGGACCGCCCUGUGGAGCCGCUGGACCUGGCCGUGUUCUGGGUGGAGUUCGUGAUGAGGCACAAGGGGGCGGCACCUCGGCCAGCCGCCCACGACCUCACCUGGUACCAGUACCACUCCCUGGACGUGAUCGGCUUCCUCCUGGCCAUCGUGCUGACCGUGGCCUUCGUCACCUUUAAGUGCUGUGCCUUUGCCUGGGGGAAGUGCUUUGGGAAGAAGGGGCGGGUGAAGAAAGCACACAAGUCCAAGGUGCACUGAGAAGUGAGAGGGAUGCUGGGUGAAGCUUUGAUCCACUCCCAGCCCAUUCCAAACUUGCAGAGGCAGUAUAAAAUUCGUUUGAUUCUUGUUAAACAAAUGCUUUGCCAUAAAUCAGACAUCCCCACAACUUCUUUUUUGUUGUUUUAAUUAAGUUGAGAAGACGACCUUUGUAUAUUUGGGGCACACUUGGAGCGGAAGAGUGUUGUGGAGCCCUGGAAAGCACUGUGUGAUUUCUGGCCUUGGGGGAACAAUGAAGCUGUUCAAAUUGCUGGGUGCUGUCUGUGAGGGGAUCAUCCGUGAUUGUGCCAAAUGGAUCUGAAUAUGAGCAAACCCCAAACUAGUGCCAGGCCCAUGUAUUUGCACAACUAAAAUUUUAUUAAUAAAUUUGUUUAAUUUCUU